UAUUUGAAAGAAGAAUAGUCCCAUGUGCGCAAAACGGACGAAUGUAAAUCCAGACGUGUCAUAACCUCGCCGAUAUGCGUUAAGAAUUGUAACGCAUCUGCUCUUUUACAUCCGUUUUAUAUUUUUUACACUGCAAUUAUAGAUAAGAAAUAAUAAUCUAAACGCUCGACUAUCAGGAAAAGGAGAAAGGAAAAUUUAGAAAGUGCAGAAAGUGCAAAGAAAAUCGCGCUGCCAAUUACACUUUAGUUCGGAUACCAAUUACCAAUAACAUGAUACAAUUCUGCGUCACAACUUGAUAACGACAUGCGAACCGGGCACAGAAAGGAAAAAUGGAUUCUUAUCAGACUUUCGUCGAAAUAUUUCAACAGGCUGUAGCCACGAGAAAUUUCUCCCACUUGGCAACCGUUCUGGCCGAUGGCCAGAGAUAUUUCCAAAUCGUUUCGACCGAGAACUAUGAAUCAGUCGUAAGCAGCGUAUUCGACAGACGGGCUGGCUUAUUGUAUUUCCUCGAUAGCGAACUUCCAGAUUUACGGGGUGCAAACAGACCAUUGGAUAGUGCCAUCAAGGAAGCAUUCUCUUUCCUUCAAUUUCUUAUCGAAAAUUUUUAUACCGCACCUUGCUUCGUACAGUAUAUCAACCAAAUUAAGGAUCUGUGUCAGUUAGCACUGGUUAAAAAAUGUUCUUUUUAUAUUAAGAAACAUGCUUGCUAUGCUUUCACAAAACUGAUAGAGUUAUUUAGAGAACAUGCUUUAACUUUUGCUGAAACAGUUCAGCAGUUUGUUGCAGUAUUUCAUAUAAUUACCGUGAAAGAGAGAAGAUGGAUGUUGUGUAUACUUGGUAAAAUAAUUAAACAUCAUGGAAAUAUUUAUCCAGUAUAUCUGAAUCCUAUUUUUAAGCAACUAUAUUGCGAUGCGGUUAAAGAGUAUACUUCCAAUACCAACAUAUCCAAUGAUUUUUAUGUAUACUUCGAUGCCUUUACGGAUAUGUUGGAAAGUGUCGAACCACCGGAUGAAAUGAGGGAGAAACUUUUCCAUACUUUAUACGCGUGGAUUAAAAAUAUGUGUCAGCCAGAUAAACAGCAGAGUGUCAAAAAUGUGACAUCAGCGUUGAAUCUUUUGAGUAGUCAUAUGAAUCAGUUUCAAGAUCUGCUGUAUCCUGACUACAAGUACUGGUGUGACAUUCUUUGGCAAUUGUCGCAAAAAAGAAACACCUACGAUGCUUGCGCACAACGCACACUAAAAACAUUUCACUGGAUCAUUGGGCAGAUGCUUACAAAUCAGAACAGAGAGAACAACGAAACCGUAGUUCUGUAUCUUUUGGAAGAUUUUCAAAAAAGAUUCAGAAGUGCUAACUCAGAUUUAAUCACAUUACAAUUAGCCGUUUACGGAUUCAGUCAGUUGGCUGCGUCAUUAAAAAUAUAUUCAUGCUUUGAUGUUAAAAAAAUAUAUUCAAGUAUAGCCAACCGUGCACUUUCUAUUGCCUCCAGCGAGCAAAGCGAUGAAACACAGAUACAGGAGGUUUGUUGUUGCCAGAAUGCGCUUUCCGAGAUGUGUCAUGUAUCCGAUGAUAUGACAAUGGAAAAAAUUAACGUUCUUGUAAAACUCAGUAUCUACACGAUGAAAAGGUUUCCCGAGUUGGCAAUAUCUAACAACUUAUUCGCCAUUUCAUCACUGAUUAAAACUAUCAGCAAUCUUAAACCUAAAAGUCUGCUACAACAAUAUCUCGAUAAUAUAAUUCACGAUGGCAUCAUAUGGAGUUGUUCGCACACGUUGGCGCUUGACGCGGAAUUACAACGGGACUUGCAGCAGCCGCCGAUAUGUUACAAGAACUAUUUGCUGCUAUGGACGGAGUUAUUGAAUACCAAGAGAUAUCGCGCGAGCGAACAGUUGGCGCAACAAGUGGCAGAUACCUUGAUGGAUGUGUGCAUCACGCUGAUCAACCGACUGGACAUACGCGUAGAACGAACGAACGAGGACAUCGCACUAUCCAACGUGACCUUUACUCACAGUGCAGUCAAUCAGACGGACUUCCGGAUAUUCGUGAAUCUCGUGGACCUCUAUGUCGAUAUUAUUAAUGCGUCGGAGCCAUCGCUGUUCGCCAACACGGUACACAAAUUUCUCUACAAUAUCGUCAAACUGUCGUGCGAGCACCCGUUGAUACCCGGCUUCUAUAAGCUGGUCCGAGUCGGUAUGAGAAUUCUUAUUUACGUGUCAGAGGAGAACGAGGAAGAGGGGGAAGAGCAAGAGCACGCGAGUGGAGAGUUUCGGCGAACGGAAGAGCUCCUGUCGAAUUACCUGAUCCACAUCCUCGAUCUGAUCCCCACGUUCUCAAACGAAUUACUGAUCGCCUGCCUGCAUCUGGUUCUAGACGCACCUCUUGCGUACAUCGAGGAUGCACUGCCGCGCACGUUGCCGGCAUUCAAAAUUGCCUUCACUAUCGGCCUGAGCAACCUGGAGCUCGCGUACACUGCACUCGUCAUCCUAGAGACGUGGACGCGGAAGCGGGAACGAACGGAUGAACUGCUGCGCGAGAUCGUGCCAUACCUAGAGCCCUACCUGCGCAGCACCGAGAGCUCCGGCGAGAUGUUGCAGGACUUGACAAAAGCGGCGGCGACGAGGAGGCGCGUGAAACGCGUUGACGUGAUCGACACCGAGUGCACGUUACGUAAUUUCCAGCGGCGGAUUCUGCUGUUUCUGGGGUCGCUCGAUCACGAUCUGCUGCUGAGCUUCGUCCAUGAACGCGCCUCGUGUAGCACCGGAGCGUCCUGGGAUCACAAGAAUCUGAUCAAAUAUACUCUACUGCUACCGGACGUGCAACUGGCCAUCUACUUCGAUCGAAUGUUGCCGCGGGUGAUCGCGCUGGCGCGCGACUCCAGCGACCGGCGCACCAAGAUCGCCGCCUGCGAGGUCCUGCAUUCGAUAGUAACGAUCGUUAUCGGUCUUACGUCGAGGCACCUCUCGGACGAGGACCGCUUCGCCGCUCUUUACGGCGUUUUAUGCCCGACGCUACUCGUGCUCGGCUGCGACUCCGACGACGUCGUGUGUGGCCUCUUCCGGCCGCUAGCAUUGCAGUUAAUACGCUGGAGUAUCAGUGUCUUACGAAGUACGCGGAAUAUGGGCGAACACAUUGUCAACUCGUUGUUUGACGGGCUGACCGACGAUUCGAAUCCCGCGUUACGCGAGUUCUCUGGCAUGUGCCUUGCGGAAUUAACAGACUGGUUAAUCAGAACGGAUGAAAACGAGGCUCAAUUUAACAUGAUUGUCCAGAGGAUCAACGAACUCGCGUUGCAUCCGUCAGUACACAAACGCGUGGCCGCGGCUGUAGCGUUCAAUCAUCUCCACGUAGUCUUGAGCAAAGACGACGAUACAGUGUCCACCUAUUGGCUGGAGAUAUUCUACUGUUUCGUCCGAAGUCUGGACGGAUGCGACGAUCUAUCGAUCGUGAACGCGUUGACUUAUAUCGAGAAGGUGAUGAAGUCUAAGGCAGAUAUUCUGAAGAGAACCGUGCCCGCUCGAAGAAAACCGCAUGAGUUUGACGGUGCGACGGUGAUCCACGCACUCUACUGGUUGCUGUCGCAAUGCGGAGCCGUCAACGAACAUUGCCGAGCCAAGUGCAUGGAAUUGUACAUCAACAUCGCGCAGGGCGUCACCGGUUCCGCGGAGGGAACGACGCGAACCUUUGUUGAGACUUAUGGCAUAGAUCGGUUGAACGACGUCAUUAUGAGAGGUCUAAAGUCAAAUAUGAAGGAUAUCUCCGUGGCUAGCAACGUCAUAUCGCUGCUGAAAGCUUUGGACUGUUACGUGUGGUUAAUAGAAAAGCAACUGCUUCCAGUAGAAGAACUCUUUCCCACUACGCGGAAACGUGUAAUUUUCUCAUGCAUCCACAGUUUCAGUCAUCAAUUCUGGCAACUAAUCAAAGACGACACCGUAGUAGCAACGACUAUAACAUCCAGGACAUCCGAACAUUUGCAGACGCUGCAAUGCAAAACUUUGAUGACUAUGUUCAAUUUUCUACAAGAGCUGCUGAAUGCCAACGUCAACGUUCUGCCGGAAUCAUUAUUCCGGGACGGUGCCUUAUGCACGUUAAUAAUCAAAUGCGUAAUGCAUCCGCGGAAAGUCGGUUUCGACGUCAAGAAUAUCGAGAUGACGGACAAACUGCCACGUAUUCUGGAAAAUUUGUUAAAAUCCAUGAAAUCGAAAUACGGCCACACUCUACCAGAAAUCUUCAAAACGCAUCUUUCAAGAUCUGUCCAGGAUUGCGUCAUGAAUCUUCUUAAUUUACACGAUAUCGCGCACAACAACUCUUGCGACGAACUGAUGCAGCACGUUAACGGUCUAAUUAUGCUGACGCGAUGCGACAUCCUCGACGUUUCGUUUCUAGAAACGAGCGUUCUUGCGGACCGUGAGAAUACAGUCAAGCAAAUCUUUAAGUUUUUAGUGAACGAGCGUAUUGGAGAAUGGAUUUGCACCAAAUUAAGCGGCUCUAUGAUCGAGUACUUACGAGCACUGAUGGAAUUUCAACUCUCGCUGUACGAAGAAUCGAUAUUAAUAUCUGACGAUGCUAGGUCGAUGACUGAGACACUGGUGAAAUUAAUAUCCGACGACGUCCCGGUGAUGGACAUGGAUUCCACGAGGAUCACGCGCGGCGAACAUUUUCUGAACACGUUCAAGAGCGUAAUCUAUAGGUACGUGCUAUCACACGUGGACGCGAUCAUGUUCGAUGAACUGUCGUGCGACUAUCCACUCUUCCUGCUGAAGUGGGUUGAGGAUAUGCUGUUGUUCCUGAGGCGGCACAAGCGUGAACUGCAGGAUUACGUGGACGCGACAGUGAACACGAUUCUGCAACAAUUCACGUAUCUGGAGAAUGCUGUUGGUAAUAUCGACACUCGCAAGGAGAGACUAAUGAACAUCUACGGCAUCGCGGUGCGCCUCAAGUCAAAGCCCGCUGAGAUCAAUCAGGUGUCACCGCAGCUCUACCAGAAGAUUGUGGAUCAACUGACCGGUGACGGCGGCAUCGAAUUCAAAACGCAGAUCCUGCGAACUUUUUUCGUUUGCUUGACGACAGACGGUGGCGAGGAGAGGCCCGAGCUGCGGAACCUGCGAACUCUGAAGAGCGACGCCCGGUCUCUGUGCCCAAAUAUGCUCUCGCAGACAGAUGUGAACGCUGUAAAAGUCAUCGACUGCUUCGAAACGCUGCUAAUGCUGUUGUCGACGAGCAAGUCGUUGGUAAUGCUAGAAUGCGUCAUGCAUUUCUUCGUCGGUUAUGGCGAUCAUCUGCUCAACGACACGCUGCGAGAGCACCUACGUAAGUAUUAUCAAGAAGCGUCCAGCGAUCACGUCUUGCGAUCGUUGGAAGUGACCUAUCGCGAAUUCAUGAAUGUGAAUACUAUCAGAAUACUAUCAGAAACAAAACGACUCCAGCUUCUGCGCGGAUUCCUCCUGCUGGCGUUUGAGUUCUGCGACGUAGCCACGGUCGAACAUUUCUUCGAGCGAAACAUCCGCGAAUUGCUUGAAUUGCUGCGGACGAUCGUUCAACGAAGCAUCUACAACGCCUUCGAGGACGAUGAUAACUAUGCGAACCUCAAGCAGACUAUUGUAUCGGGGAUCGGGUGCUUUCAGCUGAUAACGAUCCUGUUUGCCAGAAUAGAUAUAGAGAAAAUAAUCGGUGCGAUCGCACAGAACACGAACCAGAUCGGCGAAGCAUUCUUUAAAAGCCUAUUGAACAUUGCCAAGGAUAUGCGAGCUGUAGCACGGCCAGAAUGUAAGGAGCUAAUGCGUCUGCUACAGUGCUCCGCGUAUAAUUGCUCGUUAGCGAUGAUAAGAGCGAAGAACGAGGAGCGUUACUACGCUUGGGCAUUCGGCGAGAACUCUGGGCAAAAUCUUUUCGUUUGGAAGAAUAUCGUGGAUUGCGGCAAGCGUUACAAUUUCGGCCAGGUCUUCAAGGACUAUACGAAAACCCGCGAGAUCGCCGUGAACAUCAGAUCCACGGUCGACAGAGAUGAGCAACGAAUGCCCGGACACACGUACACUCAUAGCUAUGAUUUGUCAGGCUCCACGCUGAACGAGGACAUCAAUGCCUACGAUCUCAAUAAAUGCGUUUUAUUACCCUACGGUUCCUCGGCUGUCAGAAAUCCGACCGAUUCCGAAGCGCAUGCCACGGCAAGCAUCGCCCUGGAGAGCGGCGAUUUCAACGAACACGAGUGCAUGUCGUAUAUCUGUGUCUUCCUGCGGCAUAUCAGCAAGAACUCCUACUCGAAUAUCGACUCACCCCCACGGUGGGUGAAUCUCUUUAGCAAGGCGCUAGAGACGCACAGUGAGCCCAAUAUCAGAUUAUUCGUAUUGAAGAUCAUCUCCAACACAGCCGAUGAAGUGUUCAAACCCUACGCCAAGAACAUGCUAACGCAGGUCAUUAAAGCAACCGCCGAUUAUCUAGAACGGCAUGACUUGAAUUACAUUAUCGUGGACAUUUUAGAGAUAUUAACAAGUUGGCACGAGGUCUUGGUCUUACCGACCGUUAGUGAUGAGGCUCGCACGGAGGUUCAGAGACUCUUCAAAGUGUUUCUUGAUAAAGUGCUCGCAACAAGUCCUAAUGACCGCGACGUGUACAAUUACAAUCACAUCCUGAAGAUUAUAGUCGAGAAGUGGCGCAAUUGCUUGCAAGUGUCGACUGACAUUUUAAACAAAAUAGUAAUAUCUGCAUCGAAAAUCACGAAAUUGCAACUUAUUCUGGUAUUCCUUGAAAAUGAUAUGGCGGACGAGAUAGUUCUGCGAGAUGAUAUUGUCGAUUUCUUGAUGGAUUUGCUGAAGGAUUGGGCGAUAUCUAACACGGAGACUUCACAUUGCUGUCAGUGCCUUGGUCUUUACAUAAAAUCUUUGGACAACAAAGAUAGUAACAGAACUGAGAGGGAAAACAGGAGUCGCAUGGUGAACCGGAUCUUUAAGAUCCUCGGAACGGGAACGCAACAACAUAUCGCCAAGCAAAUAACACGCAUCGUCAUUCUUUGCCGAACUUAUCCCCAGAUAGUUGUAGAUUACAUCAGUAAUUACAUCAGUGUCGUGCUUAGCGCUAUGGCUAAGAAUAUAAAAAGAUCUUAUUGUCUGGAGAUAUUCGCACUGUUGAUGCAGGAGCUCAAUCCGCAAGAUCCUCGUUGCGUCAUCCUCAAGGAUAAUCUGCGUCACUUGGAAUUAGAAAGCGUGCUGGCGAAUCGAACGCGGUUCUGCGAAGAAAUGGGGCUGAAAAUUGUUCGCUCGGCAAUAGCUAUCAUUUUACCGGCUGAUUUGUUGCCCUACGUGAAGCGGGCGGUCACGUAUGUUAAGGACAGUCACAGGGAACAUCGGGAACUGGUCUACGAUAUUCUCAUGAACGUUUAUAAGAGAUAUUCGGUGGACGUAACGGAUGACGACGAAAACGUGCGUACCUUGCUAUCCAUCAGCAAACGAUACUUGAUAUCCGGUUUACUGGAUCCCUCUCAGGACCUACAGGAGAGAAUUCUGACAUUCUGGACGGAGGAAACAGAGCUUCGCACGGGAAAGUCUAAGGAACUUUUAUUCGCGCUUUUGCAGAAAUUUUCACCGCAAACAAUGACGACGGCGGAGGACGCAUUCGCGUCUUUUGUAACGCUGCUAAUGCUGCAGCUGGCUACCAAAUCGGUCAACUAUACCAACAACAUAUUCGAAUCGCCAUUGUCCAGCCAUUCUUGCAUGUUUAAAGACUACAACAUCUCUGUUUCCUGGCAAAGGCAAAAUCUGAGUUGCAUCACGCCGAUGUUCGUCAACUCGCUCGCUUCUCAGACGAGCUAUUCUCUUACAUUCUCUCAAAGUAUCGAUAGCAGUUUACGUAAUACCUACGCAGCUGCAGCUUCCAAUUCAUUGCAAAGUACCUCUUUGAGAGCUGAUCCCUCAGAUCAGUUCAAUACUUCAUUGUUCGACGUCGAGUUCGGUCAAACAUCGACAUCAUCCAGACCGAAUCGGCCGUCGCAAUCCACACCGUCACAUAACAGAAGAUUUCGCAAAUCUGAUGUGAAUUCAUCGGAUGCAAAUCGUCAUAGGCAAAUAGAGAAAAACGCGCAACAGAUGGAAAUGAUGAAACAGGAGACUGUCAGGCAGAGAAACAGCAUCAAAUUACAUAGAGGCUACAGAGAUGGAGAUUUUCCCGAUAUCGAGAUACGUCACGCCAGUUUGAUCAAACCACUUCUGCAGUUGAUUAAAUUAGAUCCGCUAAUUUGCAAAUAUAUGAGCGUGUCCCUGUUCCGUUCAUUGAUCGAGGAAGAGAAAAAUAAAAACUCUAACCAUUUCCGUCAGAUUGUAGCAAAUUUAAAGCAAAUUUUGCACGAAUCGGACGAGAGAAACAGUUCCUUCAACGCUAUUAUUUUGGAGACGUUGUUGAAAUUAAACGUCAUUGAUUGUAACCCGCAAGAUGUAGCGAGGGUUUCUAAAGCAAAUAGCUUAAACACUAUUGGUGCUCUUCUCUUGGAACAAAGUUUAAUGUCACGAAACAAUGAUGACACGAGUGACGUCUCGUCACCCUCUCCGAGUAAGAGAAUGCGAAUGCACAAUGAUGAUAUCAACGAGGAGAUUACCAAGUGGACGCAAUUGGCAUCUCUUUACAAAUCGCUGAAUGAUGUCGAUGUCGUUUUAAGUAUCUUUCGAGAGCGAUCAUUCUUCGGCGAAGAUGUACAGAAAGCUGCUCUUUCGGAAGCAGAGGGUAAUUGGGUUCAAGUGCAGGCCGCCUUCGCAAGAGCUUAUGAGCAGCCGAACAUGAUCUCGUCAAUGAAGGAGCAUUGCUUGCAGGGUCUAUUCGAAGCCGUGAAUAAUCUGUGCAACUGGUCGAAGAUCGAUGAACUUGUAAAGAAACGCGCGAAUGGGAGUGUGAACAACAUUUGGGAAGACGCAUGGAGAGACUGGAUGCUCCCGUACGUCUGCGACGCGUACGUGCACAUGUGGGUGGAGAAGGACUGGCCGUCGAAGAAAGACGAUCCGAAAGUUAUUGAAUCAUGGAUGAAAGAGGCAGAGAAACUGGAGCACCUGAAGCCUAUUGUGGGCGAAGAUCUGGUAAUGUUUCAGUUGAGCAAUCGGAACGCAGAAGCAUUGAGAGAUACCGCCGAGCUGUUGAAUGAUCUCCUGGACAAGGCAGGGAAACAGUGGGUUGGUCUGAAUCCUCUUUGCACUGAAUUGGGAGUACGCAUGUUGCAGAAGCUACAAGCCAUGAACGAUCUCGACGCCGUGCUCAAGGUCUUUCAGUGUACGAACGAGGCUGAUUACCUGGCUGGAAUGACCACGCUAUUGGACUUUUGGUCGGUUAAAACACCCACAAUUCGAGACAACCUUAUAUUCUGGCGCACAUUAGCCGACUAUCGAAGAAAGUCCGCGGAGUUAUUUGAACGUCGCUUGCACCCUACCGAUGAAGUUAAUCACAGAAGAAAACGCAUGAUCAGGGAUCGGAUGCGUCGAAUCGACGUUCAGCUUCGGCUAGACAUCGCCGACGCCGCAUUGUACCAGAAACACCGAUACAUCGCUGAGAAUCAUCUGAAAUGCCUGAACAGUAUCCGUAGUCCUCCUGCUGGACUGGAGACUCAAAUAGAGUUGCUCGAAGCUAAGAUCCGGUGUCUACGCGCCGACGUCGACACGGAAGCGCAUACGAGGAUGUCCAAUUAUAUCGCUUCCUGGAAGUGCUCGCAUCAGCUGUUGAACAAGAGCGGUCUCGACACCGACAUUGCUAUCAGAAGACAUAUUGGUGCGUUGGCUUUGAAGAUGGAAUCGUUGAUCCAAGAGUCCGGGGAGAACCAGGAGUUCGUGGACACGUUGGCGAGCAACAGCGCGUUCUUACGCGACAUCGGAAUCAUGGAAGCGACGGAAGUCGACUUGAACCGAAUCAAAGAGCAAUUAUUGCAGUACAGUUUGAAUAAUGUAUCAUUUAUCUGCGAGCACGCGGCGACAAACGCCGCCACCAAUAUCGGCGAGCACCACUAUGCCCUGGCCAGGCACUGCUACACCAGACUGACGAGCGCUAAUGAGCAGGGCGAGGAGAUCUUCCGGAAGUUCCUGCUGUUCACCCUGAAAUCCAUGCAUCAUGAUUAUCUCGAGGCAACGCACUACUUCCCCUGUUUGCUACGACCGGAGCAGUUACAGAACGAGCAGACGCGAGAAGUGUUUGCCGAGGAGUGCGCCAAGCUGCAGCCAUGGUUGUUCCUGCGUUGGCGAGAUUUGCUAUUCUCGCAUUUGGCAACGCCGAUCGCGACCGCGAUUGCACCCAUCGUUGAAAGGCUCGCCGAGGCUUAUCCCGAUGCGGUGGUGUAUACUUAUUGCCUAACUAUCGAGAGAAACCCUAAUAUUUUGAACGCAAGCACUCAGCGGAUAUACUCGCUCCUGCGUGAUAAACUGGCGGAGUACGAGCGAUUCUUGAAAGCGAUAGGGUACGUGGCGCAACCGGAAUUGUAUCUCAAGCAUUACUUGAACGAAAUGGCAAAGGAACUGUCUCUCGGAAGAGUGGCGGCCGCCGACUUGCUGCUGCAGAAAAUUCGAUCCAUUUUCGACACGCAGACGGGAGGAAUAAAUUAUGGAAGCAAUCCUCGACCGGGUGAUGUCUAUAAAUUGGCGAGAUACGAAAAGGAGAUACGGGCGUUAGAUAUCAAUAACCGCGAUGCAGCGCGGGAAGCAGUACGGAGGAUCAAGGAUUCGCUGAAUAGGUCUUUGCAGAGAGCAGAAGAGAAUAGAAAGACAAUAAUAGACAGAAAUAAGAACAAACUGAAAGGGUACAGUCCCUUCUUGCACGAGUACGCUGGUGGCAAUAUCGAGGUGCCCGGGCAAUAUGCUGGUGACAAGGAACCCAUGCCGCGUUAUCAUGCGAAAAUCGCACGGUUCGAGCCAGGUGUAAUCGUUAUGCAGUCGCUACGCAAACCAAUUCGCAUCGGCAUAAUAGGCGACAAUGGCAAGGAGUACAAGUUCCUAGUGAAAUUCGGCGAGGACUUGACGAUCGAUCAUGGUCUACAACAACUGUUCGCCACCAUGAACAGAACGUUGCGCAACGACGCCAGCUGCAGACAAAGACGUUUAAUCAUAGACACUUACGAGGUGAUUCCGCUGUCGAGAUCGUUCGGUCUUAUACAAUGGAUCGGAGACACGAGAUCGUUGGAUGAUCUGAUACAAUUUACUCUGUCGGAUAAGGAACAGUGUAAGAAAGUUCACAAGAGGUAUGCGACGUGGAUAGCAGACGCGGCGCCAAGAGAACCGUUGACCGUUCAGUACAAGAAGGCCGUGGCCAAGUACAGCCAGUCGAUGGUCACGGACACGAUGAAGAGCUUAAUCGACAAGACGCCGCGGAGAGCUCUGUACGAAGCUUUCAUCGCCCUCAGUCCAACUUGGGAGUGUUUCGUGACGCUACGACGUAACUUCGUCGCGAGUUACGCGACGAUGUGCGCGGCGCAUUGGCUCGCGGGUGUCGGCGAUCGUCACCUGCAGAACACCCUAGUGCACAUCAGUACGGGACGAUGUCUGGGUAUCGAUUUCGGCCAUGCCUUCGGUAGCGGCAUACGCGCGCCAAUUCCGGAACUGGUGCCGUUCCGUCUAACGCCGCAGAUACUCGAGUUGCUGCGCCCCUUCACCGAGCGGGACCUCCUGGCGACGAUCAUGACCCACGCGAUACGUGCGCUGCGUGACGAUUACGGCCCGAUCCUCGCUUGCAUGGACAUUUUCAUUCACAAACCCGUCAAGCGGUCGUUGAACGUCGAUGACGAUGAGGACGUCGACGCAGAUUUAACGUGGUCGUCCAAGAGGAAUAUCGAAAUAGUUGCGAAGAAAUUAAACGGAAUCCAUCCGUCACUUAUUACGUUGAAGCAAUUGGAAGAAACACAUAAGGAUGAAUACUUUCCGAGAUAUCGUGCCAUUGUUACUGGUAAUGAUGAAACCAAAGAAGCACGAGCCAAUAAAAACGAUUAUUUGACACCCGCUGAACAGGUGGACUGCUUAUUGGAUCAAGCAAAAGAUUUAAAUGUCUUGGGCCGUAUGUUUGCCAAUUGGCAACCUUGGCUAUAAUGCUGUUGUGAUAUUUGUAGACUGGAGAAACAAUACGUGAUAUCAAUGCCUAAAAACAGCACAAAAAUUUUAUAUUCAAAAAACAUCGUAAUUUUAUAUAUUUAAAAAUUGGAUAAGAAAUUGUUUAAUCUGAUCUAUUUUAAUGGCAGAUAAUCGUAAUAAAAAUAUAUAAGAUUUUUAUUGCAAUGUUAUUAGACAUAGUUUAUUAGAUUUCACAUUAAGUCGCAAGAAUCAACUUAGAGUUUAAUAUUAGAAGAAAAAA